UAUAUGACUCUUUAUCGCCUCCUCCAUAUGACCGUUUCUUACCGUUUCUUUAAAUUCUUUAUGAACGUUCAACCCACAGAGCUAAUCUGCACCACACAAUGCUCUUCAAAUAUGGCGAACAUUUUCUUUUAAGUGGGUCUCUCUCUCCAGGUUAUAAACUCCAAACCCAUCUGCUAUUCUGGCUGAACUCUACACAAUAAUAGGAGGUAUUCUACCAUUCAAUUCAUAUGAAAAUGGCUUCCAUUCCAAAGACAUUUUCUUCUUCUUCCUCACAUUGCUGCAAGCUAUGCCAAAACAGAUUUCUGGCCCAAGAUACAAAUGAUCGCCUCUAUUGCUCCAUAGAAUGCUACCAUCUUGGCGAUGAAAUACAAUCUUUCUGGGACCAAAAUAAUCUUCAUAUGAAAACACCCAACUGCCCUAACUUCUGUGAUUGCAAGGCCCUGUUCUGGAAAUUCAUUCAAAAGAAGUUUUGUAAUGGUCAAUUAAAAGAUAAUGCAUUGAGAAUCAAGAAACCCAUCAAGGAUUUUUUCAACUGGUAUAUUUUAAUGGCAGCUGGAUUUGAUACAGAGUCGUAUAGCAGCUGUGGCAGUAAUUAGUAGAAAUGUGAACAGGGAUUUUUCUCAGUGCGAGAUUUUUGAGAAAAAAUAAUUCUCAAGAUUUGUCUUCAAGAUGUAUUUCAGUUUUCUCAGGUGCACCACCCAUAGAAAUCUCCUAUUAGGGUUUUUUUUUUUUUCAGUUACAAGCUAUUCCAACUUCAAUUCAAUGGAACAAGAUAUUAUCAGUUGAUAAAUUAUUCAAUUGCAAUGGUUUACUUAUUUGCCAGUUUUCGAUAAAUUAUUAAGUUGGACAUGAAAUC